GAGAUUUCGCAAUCGGCUGCUGUCCAUGUUUCAAACACAAACAGUGUGAGCGUUGGUUGGCAACAUUUUAACGUUACUUUCUCCGGCAAAUGUGCCUCCUGUGUUGGAUGGUUGUAUCCUCCGCCGUCCUGUGAAGGCUUUGUCGGGGCACUGACUCCUCUUCCACAUCUCAACAUAAUCAUCUCUGCAUCUGGGAAGACCUCUGGUCAGACAGCGCCACCUGCAGGCAACACAUCCAAAUGAGCCGGCCGUCGCAGCCGAAGCUAAACACAGCAGACCACAACGGCGUGAGCGUCAUCCACAGCCAGACCCACGCCACCGCGUCCUCCUCGUCCCUGCCGGCGGCGGUAGCCGGUUUGCAGCAGGUCCCCCAGCUCGUCCCUGCAAAUCCAACAUCUGGAGGCGGAAAGGCCGUCCCGCCCAGCAAGAUGAAGAAGCCUCCGGCAGACAAGGACAGCGAGGAGUACCGCCAGCGGCGCGAACGCAACAAUCUGGCAGUGAAGAAGAGCCGCAUGCGCAGCAAGCAGAAGGCGAUGGACACGCAGCAGCGCGUCAAUGAGCUUAAGGAGGAGAACGAGCGGCUGGAGGCCAAGAUCAAGCUGCUCAGUAAAGAACUGAGCGUGCUCAAGGACCUCUUCCUGGAACACGCCCACAACCUGGCUGACAAUGUCCAGCCGCCAGUUGGCGCUGGGAGCUCUAGCCCCGCCCCCAGCAGCAACACCAACAGUAGCAAUGGCCAGUGAAGGGGCGGGGUUGGACUUAUUUGGGGGGGGGCACAUUUUCAGGCCUGUGCUGCAUCAGAUGAGCAUCCUGAUGCACUGAUAAUCAACUCCACCCUCACGUCUUUUUGUAUUUUUUAUUCUUUAAAAAAAAGAACACAGAAUGACCAGAUCCAUCAGAUUCCACAGUCCGUGUCCUCAUCCUUUCUGUCUGUGCAUGAACCUGUCUAAAAGAAGAAAAUCUGCACCGCUGUGUGCGGUUUUCAACAGCAUAAAAAAAAAAGAAAGAAAAUACAAAAC